UGGAGGUUUUAUUAUUAUAUAUUUUUUUUAUAGGAGGCGAAGAGAGAGGCUAAAAGGAUAGAGGACAAGAAGGGUAAACAGAACAAUGUUAUGCGAGAGCUGCGUAUCCGCAAACUGUGCCUCAACAUAUGUGUUGGUGAGUCAGGUGACAGACUGACACGAGCGGCCAAGGUGUUGGAGCAGCUCACAGGACAAACUCCAGUAUUCUCAAAAGCGCGUUACACAGUGAGGUCAUUUGGCAUCCGGAGAAAUGAGAAGAUUGCAGUUCACUGCACCGUGCGUGGAGCUAAAGCAGAGGAGAUCUUAGAAAAAGGUUUGAAGGUGCGUGAAUACGAGUUGAGAAGAAACAACUUCUCGUACACGGGAAACUUUGGCUUCGGUAUUCAGGAACACAUUGAUCUUGGCAUCAAGUACGAUCCAGCUAUCGGCAUCUACGGCAUGGACUUCUACAUCGUCCUCGGUCGUCCAGGUUUCAAUGUGAGUCAACGACGGCAGAAAAAGAGUCGGGUUGGUACCAGCCACCGGAUUGACAAGAAGGAAGCCAUUAAGUGGUUUCAGCAGAAGUAUGAUGGCAUCAUUCUUCCAGGAAAAUAAAAAGGACAUUGCAAAUUACACUAUAAAGUAAAAAAUAAAGAUGGCCAAACAUU